CAGCUAAAUCCAGUGUUUUUCAUCUUUGCUGCUUAUAAACAUACAAAUAUUUUUUUAUACAAAAUGGUUAAGUAUGUAAAUGCUGCUGUAGCUUAUAAAACUUUAAAUGGACUUAUAUGCGUGUAUAAACCUCCUUGUGUGCCUGUGCGUCAAGUUCAACAUACAAUUGUGACCAAUCUUUGCAGAGAUUUAAAUGCGUUACCUGAUAGGCCUCAAGAGAAAAGAGUUGAAAUAAUAGGUGCAACUAAUGCGCCCAUGACUGUUAAAUUGGUGCCCAACUAUGCAGAUGAUCCCUUGGUGUGUGGCCCUCGGUACACUCAUGGUGAUUUCAGAUGUAGCUGGGCUACUCACCUUGGUUUAUUUACAAGUGGGGUCCUAAUACUAGGCUUGAAUGAGGGCACAAGGCUGACAUACCAGAUCAAUGUGGCCAGACCAACAAGAGCUUACAAAGUGCACGGCCAGCUGGGCAAAGCAACAGAUACUUACUUCUGGAAUGGGAAAACAAUUGAAAGGUCUACAUUCAGCCAUGUGACCAGAGCUAAGAUAGAUAGAAUUGUUGCACAUAUGCAAUCUGCUCAUCAGAAAACUAUGUUUGAAUUGUCAGGCCUACAUAUGGACUCACAAACCACAUAUGAUCUAGCUUCCCAGGGGGUGAUCAGGCCCUCAAAUAGCAAACUUCCAGUGAUAUAUGGAUUGAAAUGUGUACACUUUGAACCACCAAAUUUUACAUUAGAAGUGCAAGCAGUUAAUGAGUAUGAAAAAUACUUGUGGACAUUGAUCCAUGAUCUUGGAGUUCAGCUGAAAACAUCAGCCUACUGCACUGGUCUGCAGUGCAUCAGACAGGGCAAGUUUACAUUGGACAAGGCUCUAUUGAGGAAACACUGGCAAUUAGAUCAUUUGAUUGAUAACAUGGACAGUUGUCGAGAACUAAUAGAAGAAAAUGAACAUCUGAUAAGACCUAGAUCUGCUCAUUUAUCUGUUUAAGUAU